GUCACUAGAGGAACGUAAAUUACGCCCAUCGAUCUCAGGUGAGUGUUGUUGCAAGACUCCUGCAGAAGAAGAAGAAGAAGGCCCACGGGUGGGAAACGUUUCUCAAGAGCGGCGCUGAUGUUUAUGGGACAGAUCAGGACACGCAGAAUGUCCUGGUAGCUGCCUGGGUUUAUUUCGUAAGUGUGUCUUGUUGCUCCACCUCCACCGCCUUGAGCUGAGUUUGCAGCUGAGUCGCGCCGAGGAAGCAGCAGACGUGAGGAGAGCUGAACUAAACUGAACUGAACCGAACUGAACUGAACCGAACCGAGAGAGAUCGGAGCAGAGACAAGCUGAGAGAUGGCCGAGAAUAAAGUGGGUCCGAACCUCCAGGCUGGAGCUGGAUUCUUUGCCAAACGGGUCCAGAAGUCCUUGAAUAGAGCACAGGAGAAGGUCCUUCAGAAACUGGGUAAAACCAUGGAGACCAAGGAUGAGCAAUUUGAGCUGUGCUUCCAGGACCUCAACAAGCAACAGAUCGACGGAAACAGAUUGUUUAAAGACGUGAAGGCCUACUAUGCAGCAGUGAAAACUGUGCAUGAGACCUCCAAGCGACUGUCCCUGACCUUAAAAGACAUUUAUGAAUCUGACUGGAACGGAGUGGAGGACCUUGCUGUCAUUACAGAGAGUGAGGACUUGCUGUGGAACGACUUUGAGGAGAAAAUAAGUGACCAGCUUGUCCGCACCAUGGAGAACUACACAAGCCAGUUUCCUGAGGUCAAGGACCGAGUUGCAAAACGGGGGCGCAAACUGGUGGACUACGAUUCAGCUCGUCACCACCUGGAAGCUCUGCAGAGCGCUAAGAAAAAGGAUGAAGCCAAAAUCACUAAGGCAGAGGAGGAGUUCAACAAAGCCCAGAAUGUCUUUGAAGAGAUAAAUAAUGAGCUGCGGGAGGAGUUGCCUGUUCUCUAUCAGAGUCGGAUCGGCUGCUACGUGACCGUGUUCCAAAACAUCUCAAACCUGCGAGAUGUCUUUUAUAAAGAAAUGAGCGUGUUAAACCGGGAAAUUUACAAUGUGAUGAAAAAACUGGAGACUCAACACUCGGGCAAAAAUUUCAUCAUCAAGGGUUUGAAUAGCAGCACAACUGGCAAGUCAAAGAAAAGAAGGUCCCUGGCCAUCUCCAACCCCAUCCCCUGCAACACAGCUUUCCCAGCUGAUCAUGUAUCUAUCCAUUCCCCUUCCCAAAAUGGCAAAGAAGCUGGUCCCUCUUCCCCUGUCCAACAGUGUGAGAGCAUUUCCAAAGAAACCACUGCACCAGAGGAAACCAGCUUCCCAUCCAAAAGCACUAGUUCAUCAGACUCAGAUCUCAGCUUCAGCGGCCUAAACACGCCUCAGAGGCAGUCUGUUUGUGACGAUGAGAACAGCGACAAGAGCACACGCAGUCAGAGUCCAGAAGACCUGGAGGCCGAGGCUGAGGCAGAGCUCGCGACAAAUCAGUCGGAUGACUCCGGCGUCGGAGUGCCAAAGUCUGAGGCAGCGAAUCAGGAACCAUCAAGCCCCUCUGAUUCAGCAGAUGGGGAUGACAUGCAGAGUCUUGACCAGGGCGCCGUGGGCAAUCUGUCAUUAGAGGAGGCUGAACCCAGACCUCACCCAGUUCCGCCCCUCCGCCAAUCCUUCCACUCCACAGACCAACAGCCCCUGUUACCUGAAAAGGACGGGAUGGAAACAUCAAACAAUCCCGAGACAUCUGAGCCAGGAGAUGACUCGAAUUCCCAGAAUCCACCUGGCUUUCUUUACAAGGCGGUGGCGACAGAGAGCAGUGCAGCGUCUGACGAAGGCCAGCUGCAGUUUGAACAGGGAGACUUCAUCCUGGUGAUAGCUGCCACCCAAGAGCUGGACGGCCUGCUGAGGGGGAUCAGGGAGGAGAGCUGGAAGCAGCACCAGGAUCUGGACAACUACUCAGGGAUCUUCUCAGAAAAACUCAUCCAGCCAGUACAGGCGGAGUGAGGCAACAGUCAAUCGUCACCCUGUAAUAUUUCUUCUUCCACCGAGCAGUUGCUGGGUCACACACCCAGUGAUCCCAUAUGUUUUGGGUGCAGAAGCUGUACAAACAAAUGAGCACAAGUCCCUUGUGGCUUUCCCACAUGCUAUGAUGAUGAUGUCGCAACUAGUGGAAUAAACGUGACUGAGCUAAAGAACAUUAUAUAAGUGGUGUUUGGAAAUGUUACAGUAUUUUGAUCGCGUGUUUUUACAACUUUUCAAAGAGCCACUGUGAAACAAUGCUUUUAAGCUGUGUUUUUAAUAUUUCACAAAACCUCUCAAUAAAGUUCUAAGUGACAGAAAAAAA